AUGUAUGUGUCAAGAGCAUCGAGCCGGGCACGCUGUGCUCCUAUCUCGAGGCCAUCACUACUCCAGUAUCGGACCUCGUCAGCCCUCGUAGCAAGGCCGCUUUCUUCCCUGCACAGUUCGAGUCGACUGUCGACAGCUGUCGCCUCGUCGCCAUUUCACGCCAUUAGGAGCUCCUAUCACAUCUCUGAUGCAGCAACCCUCCGUUCAGGCCUCCGAUGGUCUUCCUCCGCAGCGCUGGCUUCCACAUCGCCCGAAGCAGCCAAGGUGGCAGAGGCUGCUGUGACCGAAACCGAGAAUGACCCUUUUCGCAAGAUUGGCUACCUCUACUUCGACACGGUCUUCCCCAUCCGACUGGGAUUCUGGGACAUUCGAUACAUGCUCGCUUCGCUUGAGAAGCGUUCCGUGCUCGACCGCGUCAAGGCCAGCUUGCCCCCUGACGAGAGCGUGGGCUACGGAUUCAAAGUCAUCGGCGCAGAAGAGCGAAUGAAGGACGGUGGUGCCUUUGUCACCUUCUCCUACCGCGAAGAUCCCAACGAGAAGAGCGAAGAGUCGCUCAACAACAUCGAGAAGCGGCUCAAGUCGGGCGUGCGUCGUGUCUUCAACCCCGUCCUCUUCUUCCUUGGCACGCCAGGCGUGCACGUCGUCCGCGGCAAACCCUUCCGCGAGGACAUGAACAUCUUCCCUGCCACACGUAUCUUUGUCAAACUCGAAGGUGGCGAUGCCUCGGAAGAGCAGCUCUGGCAGACCCUCCGUCCGUACGGCCGCAUCGUAUCGAUUGUCAAGGAGAAGCCAUCGGAAGCGCUCGUCACCUUCUCGCGCAUCCGUGGGGCCACGAGCGCACGCAACUGCGCUCACGGCCUUGAAUUGCCCAACGGAGCGCGCUUCAUCAUCACCUUCCGCAGCAAGCUCCGCAGCAAACAGGCGUGGGAGUGGAUCUCGAACCACCCUCGCCUCGUGUUCCCGCUCGUCGCCUUCCUCAUCGGUGGUAUUUCAUAUAUCGUCUUUGACCCCGUGCGCGAGUUCAUGGUGGAGAGCAAGGUGCACAACACGUUCUCGCUCGACGAGUACCGCGCCUACACGUGGCUAAAGCGCAACACCGUGGGCUUGUUCCGGGAUACGGACGGCAGUUCCAAGGGCGAUGUGGAUGACUGGUGGGAGCGUCGUCAGUCGGCAGAGACGAUUCAGGAAUGGAUCCGCGAAAAGCCGUCGACAUUCAUCACCAUCUCGGGUCCGCGUGGAUCUGGCAAGUCUGGUCUCGUGAACAAGGCGAUCACGCGCGAUGUGCAGCACUUGGUCAUCGACUGCGAUGCCAUCGCAAAGACGGCCAAAAACGACUCGCUGCUCAUCGACGCACUCGCUACCGAGACGGGCUACUGGCCCGUAUUCAGCUGGUUGAGCAGCAUCAACAGCAUGAUCGAUCUCGCUGCGGUGGGUCUCAUUGGGUCCAAGGCUGGAUUCGCGACUCCGACAGAUGCGCAGCUCAAGCAGAUGCUCGGUGUCGCGACCAACGCGCUCAACCACAUCAACGAGCAGACGCAAAAGCGCAUCGCCAAAGCCGAAAAGGCUCGUCUAGCGGCGGAGAAGAAGAACAAGCCCACCGCUACACCUCCCACCCCCGCGCUCUCUCCGGGUCAAAAUGACGCAUCGAACGAGAAGGAGACGCUGGAAGAAAAAGCCUCCGCUCUGGCACACAACACGCUCGAGUCGGUGAAAAGCCUCGUUACGGGCGAAGACGCCAGCGACCACAAGAAGAAGUCGUUCGACUCGCCUGUGGUCGUCAUCAAGCAGUUCCACCACAAGGGCAUCAAGCAAGCCAUUUUGCACCAGGUUCUGGCCGAGUGGGCGGCGGAGCUGGUGACGAACGGCAUCGCGCACGUGGUGUUUGUGUCGGACAAUCCGGUGGGGAUGGGCAAGGAGCUAGCUAAGGCGUUGCCCAAUGUGCCUUUCCAGGGCAUCGCACUGGCGGAUGCCGAGGAGGACAAGGCGCGCAGCUACGUGUACAACAAGCUGCGCGGGAUGGGUCGACUGCCCACCCUUCCAUCCAACGGCACUGCGAGUGCUGGUCCGAUCCGGGGCUCCACCGCCACACCUGUUCGAGCGACAGCGGCGGAAUUGGCAACGUCGGACUUCGACCCCAUCCCUCGUCCCCCUUCGGAACCGCAGUAUGCCGCCACGCUGGACAACGACACCGCUGUCUGGGUGGACAAGCUCGGUGGUCGACUCACCGACCUUGAGACUCUCGUGCAAAAAGUCUCUCUCGGACAAACAGUCGAAUCUGCAGUGCACGACAUCAUUUCACGUUCCGUGGUAGAGCUGCGCAAGAACGCAUUUGGCGACGACGCGUCCGAAGCCUCCUCCCUGCCAUGGACGCGGUCGCAAGCGUGGACGGUGAUCACCAAGCUAGCCCGCUCAGGGGAGGUGAGCUACUACGGCCUGCUGCACAACGAGUUCAAGGGGAAUGAGGGGGCGAUCAAAGCGUUGGAGCAGGCCGAGAUCGUGGCUGUGAGACACCACGAUGGGCGUCCGAGUGCGAUUCGUGCUGGUCGACCGGUCAUGCAGGAAGCGAUCACGCGGUUGGUCGGCGAUAAGGUGUUCAACGACACCCAAACGCUGCUCGCCAACACCGGCUCGAUCGAGUCGGCGGAGAAGAGCAUUCGGACGAUCGAAAGCGAGAUUGGGGAGAUCAGCAAGAUGUGUGAGGGGUCGCCGUUCAAGGUUGCUUCCGGGGCGGGAAGCACCAGCGGCGCAGUCCUCCCGCCACAGGGCGGGGAGAAGAAUGGUGGUGGAUGGGGCAUCUUCGGUGGUAACGGAGGGGGUAGCCAGGCGAUCAGCACCAGCGAAGCGGCCAAAGCAAGGACCGAAUUCCUCAUGUCCAAGAUGGCCGAGUUGCAGACCAAGAUCUCGAAGCUCGAUGCGCAGAAUACGGCCAUCAAGGCGAGGUUGGCUAGUCAUACCGAGUAG